AGAGCGUGUGUUCGCCAUCUCUCUUAUAACAUCCCGCAAACGAGCAGAAACAAAAUAAACAGCUCUUCAGCUCCUACAGAGAGAGAGAGCGAGAGACGGACGCUGAAGAUCCAGAAAUGCUGCAGACCAUUUAUGAGUCUGACUCCAGCAUCAGUGCAGAGUGGAGGAGGAGAAGCCUGGACUCCAACAGCACAGCCGGCACUACAGAUUCUGAGGUGUUUUCUUCGGCGGGCUCGUCUGGGGUCAGUAUGCUGGACUGGGAGCGGGAUUCAGAGGAAUGGGAGAAGCAGUUACAGCGAGAGCUUCUGCUGAUCCAGAGACAGCAGCAGAUCCAGAAGCAGCUGCUCAUCUCCGAGUUCCAGAAGCAGCACCAGAACCUGCUGAGGCAACAUCAGGCACAGCUCGAGGAGCACAUCAAGCUCCAGCAGGCUCUGCUAACUCUCCGGCAGCAGCAGGAGGUGUUUGCGGAGGAGCGGCGACUGCUGCUGGAGGAGGAGCGCGAGGAGCUGCGGGAGGAGGAGAAGGAGCAGCAGCGGAGAGACGUACACAAACACCGGCGGAAAGACAGAUCCAGAGAGAGUGCAAUGGCGAGUACUGAAGUUCGUCAGAAACUGCAUGAUUUUCUGAUGAGUAAAUCAGCUAAAGACCCGUCAGUGUCAGGCGCUGGUUACCCGCUCAGCCGCUCCAAACUGUGGUACAGCUCCGCCCACCCAUCAGAACAGACGUCUCCUCCACUGGGAGAGACUCCGCCCAUAUUCAAAUAUCCUCUGCCCUCUGGUCUGGACUGCAGAGAGGAUUUCCCCCUCAGGAAGACUGCGUCUGAGCCCAAUCUGAAGGUGCGCUCCAGACUCAAGCAGAAGGUUUCUGAGAGGAGAAGCGGUCCGAUUCGCCGCAGAGACGGCAGCGUCCUCGUCACACCGCUCAAGAAACGAACUCUAGAACUAACAGAUUCCUCAGCCAAUGAGAGUCCUGCAGGCUCCGGGCCGAGCUCACCCAUUGGCUUGUGCAGCAAUGAGAAUGGAGCAUCAUACCAGUCCAGCACAACUCAAAUAGAGCGCUGUCUGUCUCAAGGAGGCGUCCUGCCGACGGGUGGAUCACUGUCUCUGUUGAAUCUCUACACAUCUCCAUCUCUCCCCAACCUCACGCUGGCUCUGCACCCGGCUCACACUCACAUCUGCACGGGGACGCCGCUGAAGGAUGGCAGUGUUGAAGGUCUGUCCGCCGCCGCUGCGUCUCCAGUCUCGAUGGAGUCUAAAGUGAGCAACGGACAGCAAGCGCUCCUGCAACACCUGCUGCUGAAGGAGCAGAGACAGCAGAGGAUCAUCUCACCUGUGACAGGCAGUGUUCCCGUUCUGUCCUCGUCUCCUCUGCUGCUGAAGGAUCGCGUGUCCUCCAGCUCUCGCUCUAGGCUCCCGCGGCACCGGCCCCUGAACCGCACACAGUCGGCCCCGCUGCCACAGAGCACACUGGCACAGCUGGUGCUGCAGCAACAACACCACAACUUCAUGGAGAAGCACAAGCACUACCAGCAGCACGUCCACAUGGGCCAGGUUGUGUCUGAGUCAGAGGAGCAGCAUCAGGAGGAGCAUGAGGAGAAUCUGGCAGCGCCCCCUGCUGGAGUGAUCCGUAGCAGACACGCCGCUGUCAUCCACAUGAAGACUGAACCAGCAGAAGACAACAGCCAAUCAGGAGACGAGGACGCAGGUGAACAGCAGGUCUCAGAGCAGAUCCAGAGACGCCACAGCGAGCGCAGUAUGGAGGACAUGACCGAAACCGAUGUGUGAAGUAGACAAAUGAAGGAAAGAGGGAAGAAGGGCUGAAUCUCAUCUAAAAACUUUUCAAAAAAUGUCCCAGGUCAUGUUUCACUUUAAGCCACUAGUUAAUAUUGAGAGUUGGUACUUCACAUGAUGCGUCACCCCAAACAAUAAAUAAUAAUAAUGAUAAUAAAAUAAUAGGGUGGUACCG